AUGUCCACCACUGAACAAACCUACAUCAUGAUCAAACCCGACGGUGUCCAACGUGGACUCGUUGGUGAGAUCAUCGCCCGAUUCGAGAAGAGAGGUUUCAAGCUCGCUGCCCUCAAGCUCGCUUCCCCUUCCAAGGAACACCUCGAGAAGCACUACUCUGAUCUUUCCGACAAAGGAUUCUUCCCAAAACUCAUCGCUUACAUGUUAUCCGGACCCGUCGUCUGUAUGGUUUGGGAAGGUCUUGAUGCCGUCAAGACCGGACGAGUCAUGCUCGGUGCCACCAACCCUCUCGCUUCUGCUCCAGGUACCAUCAGAGGUGAUUACGCUCUUCAAGUAGGAAUGAACGUUUGUCACGGUUCAGAUUCCGUUGAAAACGGUCAGAAAGAAAUCGCCCUUUGGUUCCCCGAGGGUGUCUCUCAAUACAAGCUCGACGCUCAAGCUUGGACUUACGAGGCUUAA